AAUUAUUUGAUUAAAUCUUCAAUAUUGUUAUAAUAAUUAAAUGUUACUGUAAAUAAAUAUUAUUUAGUAUUAAAAUUGCGUAAAAUAAAAAAAUUUUUCGUUCUUGCCAACUUCAGAGAUACAUUUUGUGGAAAUAAAACAAAAACGCCGCGACUGUCACCGGUGAUUUCUUCACAUGGUACACAAUCUUCUAGGCCUGUCACAAUACAAAAUUUCUGUGUGUAAUGGCAAAUUGAUUUAUCCGGCCUUAAUUAAGUGCCGGUUGUUCAUGCUGGAAUGGAUCGUUAACAUAUUGCAAGCUUUCGCAACAUGAAAAAGUAUUGGAGCCAUUUAAGCACCAAGAAAAAUCGUCGCUCUAACCGGAAAAGUUUAUCCCUCGGAAAUUCUAGGAAAUACAUUUUUACGAGGUGUUUUUAAACUUUUUGAUAUUCAUUCAAUCUAAGCUAUAUUUUAGAUUAUUUUCUUUGAUAACACUAAACAAGCGAUUAUAUGCAGUGUCAUAAAAUCCGAAUAUUAGGUAUAAUAUCAUCUGCUUCGCAAAGACAUCAUUUCAAUAUGUAUUAAUUCAACUAAAAAAAUUAUUAUUGAAUAAUUAUUUUUCGUAAAAAAUCAAGUAUAGAUUCGAUAAGAAAUUUUUUAUUAGAUUUAUAGAAAUUGCUUUUAAAAUAUGAGUGGUAUAUUUAAGAAUUAAACAGAUUAAAAUUGAAUCUAUUUUUUUAAUUAGUCGUCUGUAUUAAUCUUUAAGAGUUAUUUAACAUCAUCAACGAUCGACAAUGGUGAAGCCGCAAAUUCAACCUGGUCUCACAAAGACGCAGAUACUGCGACAGGCGAAGAGUGCCACUGUAGUAAGAGAAUAUGAGCAGGGAGCGGCGCGGCAACGACAGCCGGUCCUAGUAGAUCCUGAGAAAAAACGACGACAAGCCUCAGUUGAGCCAAAAAGAGUCGAUUUUACCAAACCGGCUAUGACGAAGGCGAUGAUGGUCCGGAUGAAGCAAGCGAAGAAAUUGCAGCAGGAGUACGAACGUAAACGGGAGGAGGCUAUGCCACGAAGGAGGCCAAGGAGGACACCUGCACCGAUCGGCGGUGAUCCGAGAUUUGGUAGAGAGAGAAUACCACUUACUAGACGUGCCCCGACGCCAUCUCCACCGGUUUCGCCUCCAAGACUAGCGAGAAAGCCGGAAAGACGAGUGAUGCCGGAAAUAAGAGCACCGGAACCGCUUCCGGUUCUUCCGGAAAGAACUAAAGAACUGGCAAGGUCUAUGAACGCUCAGGUGAUUCAAGCCGAGCCAGUAGGCGAGGGUCCAAUUGAUAGCAUCGUGAUACCGCCGAGAUCGCUGAACGAGAAUCGCACCACUAUCGUCAGUAUUCCCCAACCGCCUGUGGCCGGCGUCGACGCUGCGACUUCUGAAGUGGCAAACCGCACGAUUCGAGUAAUCAGUGAGACUCUUGAUGGACAAGAUGCUGCAGAAGCAGCCACGGUGCAAGAUAAGUUGGAGGAUUUGCAACAAGCAAGACGAGACUUUAUAAUGGCUGUAGCGAAUGUCGGCGGUAACGCCGUAAAACUCGCGGAGGAAGAGAGAUCUAGAUACAGAGUCCCUGACAUUGAGAGCGAGAUGUUCCGUAUCGAAUACGGCCGGGAACAUCCGAGUGUCGUAGCAGCUCGCGAAUUUGCUCAAAGAAGCAUGGCUGGUAUCAGGGCGCGUGAGGCAGCUCGUCGAACCGAACGGGAGUUCGAAAGGAUAGCUCAGGAGCCGUUGCCAGAGGAUUUGCGCUUUGAUGUCCCGUUCGAGGAGGAGUUCUUACGCGAGGGUGACAUAUCCUGGCAGGAAGAGGAGGACAUGCCAAUUCCAUCUAGGAUAAAGGCCACCAUGCGCGAUAUGCCGAGACGUGAAAUUCCCUACGAGUACCCUUCCUUCGACCCAGAGGAGCUCGAGAGGUUCUUCGACAUAGAACAAUACCCACCAAUUCCGCCACGCGGACCACCACCCGGUCGUGAGCAUCUGCCGCCUGAUCUCUGGGAGAUAGAGGAUCCUUGGGCAACGUGUGGCAUGUGUCCGAAGGAAGAUGUAUCUGAUUUGAUUCGCUUCGAGAGUCCUUAGUCUUUCGUCUACCACACGGAUUUGAUAAAUUCGUUUCCAAGUUUUUUGGGAUGCA